ACUAUAAAGUUCGAAAGAAUUUACUAGCGACCCACGUGUUUUGUAAAACAUAUUUGAUAAAUUAUGAUGACAUCUUCUGCAUGAAGUGUAUAAUUUUUAAUGCAAAAUGGGAAUAACGAAACAAGAAGUGCAUCGUCCUGGCGCAUUUAAGCAAGUAAAUAAACCACAUAAAACUGGUAGACAUCGAAGCAAAGGAUCAAUAAGUAGCGACGUUAAAGGAAAAACUGGGGUCAAAGUUUUAUCAAAACACAUUCAUAGACAGUUAGGAAAAGAUGCACGAAGACAUCAGUCCUCUCAAAUUAGGAAAAAUAAAAGAGAAGAAGUAUUGCAACAAAAAAGAAAUUUAGGUGGAUCAAAUUCAGCUCCUAUUCUUGUAUGUAUUAUUCCAUUACAAGAAGACUUGGAUACUCAAAAUGUAUUAUCAGUGCUAACAAAAGCGGAUGAGACUGCAAUCGUAACAAAUAGUCCCACUGGUACAACUCAUUUAAGCCUGCCUAGAUUUAAACAGCGAUUUUCUAUUAUUAUACCACCAGUUGGAAAUUUGUUUGCAACACUAGAUGCAGCAAAAAUAUCUACAACUAUUCUUUUUGUUGCUUCUGCUGUAAAUCAUCAUGAUAAUAGUCCAAGAGAUAAGAUUCUUGAUGAUUGGGGUAGAGAAAUUAUUUUACCUUGUGCUGCUCAAGGUUUGACUACUCCAGCGAUAGCAAUUACAAACAUUGAAAAUCUUCAUAUAAAGAAACGUCAAGAAUUUAAAAAUAAUGUACAAUCUGAGAUUUCCAAAUGGCUUCCAGAAGAAAAAAUCUUUCAUUUAGAUACUUCUACUGAUGCUUUCAAUGUAUUAAGACGUGUUGGUUCUCAAAAACAAAGAACUGUGUCAUAUAGAAACAAAAGAGCACAUUUGUUAGCAGAAGAAAUUAAGUUUAAGUGCAAUGAUGACUCAACAGAUUUGGGAACCCUUAUGAUCUCAGGAUAUUUAAGAAAUGUACCAUUGUCAGUUAAUAGUUUAAUACAUAUACCUGGAUUUGGAGAUUUUCAAAUGUCCCAAAUUGAUGCUCCUGAGGAUCCAUACCCUGUAGAGAAGAAAGGAAGAAAACAUUGCAAUGCAAUGGAUGAUGAACCAUCUGUCAGAGUUCUUGAACGUGCUGAUCCAAAAAAACAAGAAUCUCUUGAAAGUGAAAACAUACCUGAUCCUAUGGAUGCUGAACAAACUUGGCCUACUGAAGAAGAAUUAGCUCAGGCUGCAGCUGCUCAAAAGAAGAAAAUUGUAAAGAAAGUUCCAAAAGGAACAUCUGAAUAUCAAGCAGCAUGGAUUCCUGAUGAGGAUGGAGAAGAAUUAAGCGAAUAUUCGGAUGAUGAAUCAGAAGAUAAAAUGUCAGUGGAUGAAGCCAAAUCUCAAUCAGAUAGUGAUGUAGAAGCAGAAGAUGAAGAGGAAUAUGAUACAGUUACGAUAUCAGAAGCUCCAGACGAACAACGAUAUGAUCAAAAUGUUGAUAUGAUAGAGGAAAAAGAAGAAAUAGAAAAAUUAAAACUAGCCAAAUUGGAUGCACAAUUUCCUGACGAAGUUGAUACUCCGCAAGAUAUGUUAGCAAAACUGAGAUUUCAAAAAUAUCGAGGAUUAGAAUCGUUCAGGACAAGCCCUUGGGAUUCAAAAGAAAAUCUUCCUACCGAUUAUGCUCGAAUAUUUCAAUUUGAAAAUUUCGAUCGAACACGAAAACGUAUAUUUAAAGAGUCACAAGAAAUAGAAGGCGCUAUGCCUGGUUGGUACAUCACAAUCCACGUGAUAAAUGUUAGGAGAAACCUAUUUACUGCAUUUUGCACAUUAGAAAACCGUCCAUUAGUUUUAUUUGGUUUAUUACCGAAUGAGCAUAAAAUGUCUGUCUUAAACGUUGUAUUAAAACAUACUAACACUAUUUCGAUUCCAAUAAAAUCCAAAGAACGAUUAAUAUUUCAAUGUGGAUUUAGAAGAUUUUCCGCGUGUCCAAUAUUUAGUCAACAUACAAACGGGAAUAAACAUAAGUAUGAACGAUAUUUUCAACCUGAAAGUACUGUUGUAGCAAGCAUGUUUGCACCCAUUACUUUUCCGCCGUGUCCAGUUUUAUGUUAUGUUGAAAAAUUAAAUGGAUCGUUGGAACUAAUUGCAACUGGUAGCGUAUUAUCUGCAAAUCCAGAUAGAAUAAUUGUAAAGAGAGUUGUACUUAGCGGCCACCCUUACAAGGUUUAUAAGCGAUCAGCAGUUAUACGAUUUAUGUUUUUCCACCGUGAAGACAUAAAUUGGUUCAAACCAGUUCAAUUACGAACGAAAUAUGGACGUAGAGGCCAUAUUAAAGAACCAUUGGGUACACAUGGUCAUAUGAAAUGCGUAUUUAAUGGACAGCUGAAAUCACAAGACACGGUCUUAAUGAAUUUAUAUAAACGAGUAUUUCCGAAAUGGACUUACCAACCAUUAUUGUUGACAGAUUCAUCACAUCAAGAUCAAAGUAUGAAUGUAGAAUAACAUUUGUAGAAUUAUAUUUAUCUUUAACUGUAUAUAGUACAUAUACAUGACACAAAUACACACAUACAUACGUAGAUACAUAUGUACAUGUAUGUACUAUUUAAAACAUAAAAUAAAAUGUUUUUGUACAAAUGCGUUUUAAUCUUAUACUGGCAUUAAGCAAAUUGCGCGUUUUAUUUGUAUUUUCGAUAUAUCGCGAAAUGUAUCACGUGACUUACAUUGUAACCAUGUAUCAUAACAUUCAAAUAAUAUUUAGU